GGAGGCUGACUCUCUCCAUCACACAUACAGUAGUAAUUACUUGGUGUUAUUUAAUCUCAGCUGCUGAUGCUUUUGAUCACACAUUUUGUUCUUUGAUGCUGUCUCCAUUUAAAUGUCAUUUGCAUGAUUUGGAGGGCUGUACUGCUUUGGAUGGAGAACCAAACCUCGGUGAUUCCUCUCAAACAGCCGAUUGUGUUUGAACUGGAGGGCUUUGAUGUUCAACCAGGCAACGGACCGUUCAUGUUUCUGUUGGCUUUGCUCGCCUACAUAGCGGUGCUACUGGGGAACGGUGUGGUGAUCUGUGUUAUUAUGACAGACAAGAACCUGCACAGACCCAUGUUUGUUAUGAUCUGUCACCUCAUGGUCUGUGACCUGCUGGGGGCCACAAUGGUGCUUCCUCGCCUCAUGAUGGAUCUGUUGAUGGGGCUGAAGAAGAUCGCCUACAUCCCAGCCAUCGUCCAGGCAUUCUGCGCUCACACAUACGGUGCAGCAAUGUUGACUGUUUUAGCUGCGAUGGCCUAUGACAGGUAUGUGGCAGUGUGUGAGCCUCUCAGGUAUCUCUCCAUCAUGACUUCGACUCGGCUGCACAGCUGCUGCGCUGUGGCCUGGAUCGUUGCUCUGCUGCUCAUCGCUGUGCUCUUCUCCUUCCACAUGAACGUCCUGCUGUGCGGCCACAUAAUCCCUCUAAUAUACUGCAGCAACCGGGGCAUCCUGAACCUGGCUUGCAUUCCCACGCCUGCCAACAACAUCUAUGGUCUAGCGAUGACCUGGACUUUAAGCACAGGGACCUUCAUCAUCAUCGUCUAUUCCUACAUCAGGAUCCUGACUGUUUCCUUAAAACAAGGCAGAACAAACCGCAGCAUCCGCAGCAAGGCUUUUCAGACCUGUGCUCCACACAUUGUUGUUUACGUUCUCUUUCAAAUCGCUUCAUUGAUUGUGAUUUUAAUUCAGAGGUUCCCCUCUCUUUCCCAAAACAUGAAAAAGUUCUUCAGCAUCCUCAUCUUUAUCGUUCCCCCGAUCCUCAACCCCAUCAUUUAUGGACUGGUCAGUAAGGACCUGAGGGUCAGCUUUAUCAAACGUCUCUCAACCAGAGUAAGAAACCAAACGUAGCGCUAACACUGCAGCUGCUGUUCUCACAUUAUCUAACUCCUCUGGUGGAACUUAUGCUUCUUAUAGAUGCUGUAAGAAGUUUAGAUCGCUCAUGAUUCCUCUUGAUAUCAGCAUCAAGACUCAGAAUGAUAUGACAACUUACAGCAUUUUUAAAAAUUCAGUGAACUACAAACCAGUAAAAUCCAUCACAAGAAUGUCAACCAAAAAAAUACAAAUAACAUAAAAAAUCAUAAAUAAUUUAAGCCUGAAAUACAGAUUUCAGUAAUAAAGCACAUUUAAUGAUCUGCAAUGUUUUUCGGUAACCAAGAAUCCCCACAACGUUGAUUAAAACACCGAGCUGCAACUUUAAAACAGCUGUUCUUAUGAGACUAAGACUUAACUGUUGCUCUCUGUUUGUGUGUCCUAAUUAAAAAUGCUUUGCCUUUC